AUCCAUCAAAUCCACCUGCUCCAUCCAAUCUCAGGAUUGCCAACUCUACAGUAAACAGUGAUCGAAGUAUAAACAUAAGGAUUUUUUGGGAUGUCCCAGAGGAACCUGAUAUUCCAGUCCGUCAUUACAAAAUCUUUUGGAGCUGGACUAUGAGAAGCAAGGCUCUUCUCCAAGCAAAAAAGAAGAGAAGGAAGACUAUAGAUGGAUCUCAAAAUUAUGUGAUCCUUAAACACCUUCAACCCAACAGAAAUUACAUGGUGGAACUCCAGGCAGUUACAUACUGGGGUCAAAUACGACUGAAAAGUGCAAAAGUGUCUCUCUACUUUAAUUCUACUCAGACAACUAUCAACAACAAAGAAUGGACAUCUACCAUUGGUAAAGCUAGUGAUGUUUCAUUCUUCAAAGGAAGUAGACUUAAUCAUCUUCUUGAAAUUGGAGUACCUUUUUUCCAAGAUGACCAACUUCAAGUGAAAGUCUACUGGAAGAAAACAGAAGAUGCCAUCAGCAGGGAAGGAUAUCAUGUUCAGUGGUUCCCAGAAUUAUGUUCUUACAACAAUACCGAAGAGCUUGAAAAAUUCAAUGAUGUAACAUAUGAAAACUAUAUAAUUCUUCAGAACCUGUCCUUUUCAUGCAAGUAUAAUGUUACAGUUCAGCCAGUAAGAUCCAUUGGUCAAUUGAAAUCUGAAAGCAUUUUCUUUAUGACUCCACCUUGUUCUUAUCUAAAAGGGAAAAAACACAAGCAUGUAAGCUGUGUGGCUAAAGGAGAUCCUGUUAUCUCAAAAGUAUUGGCAAAACCAGAGAAUCUUUCUGCUUCUUUCAUUGUUCAGGACAUUAAUAUUACAGGCUACUUUUCCUGGAAAAUAUCCAAAGCAAAUCUUCACCAACCAAUGACAGGGUUUCAAGUCACUUUGGCAGAAGUCACCACAGAAAGCAGGCAAAACAGCUUACCAAACAGCAUUAUCUCCCAAUCACAAAUAUUGUCAGUAGAUCACCAUAUGUUGACAGUAUCCAACCUAAGACCAUCAACUCUUUACCGUUUAGAGGUUCAAGUGUUAACCACAAGUAGUGAGGGACCAGCUACAAUAAAAUCAUUUCAAACACCCAAUUUGCUAAUAUCAACACAGAGACCUCAUCAGAAGCAGCACCAUCCAUGUCACUACAAACCACCCCCUGAAAAAUACUAAGUUGCCACAAAUUAUUAACCAGCUGGAAAACAAUGCAAAGAAGUUCUUGAAAGACCAGAAAAAUCCAUCUUUAUUGAAUUGUGGAAUAAGCUAUUGUUUUAAUGAAUGUUUACCAAGUAUGAGUUGUGUAUAAAUCUAUAUGGAAUGAUUGAAGAAAGCAUGUUUAUACUAAUUUUGGUAUACAUUACAGUAUAUAAUGUGAGGAUCAGCUGUAUUUCUAUUAUCAGAACAAUCAAUAUCUAUGAAAAUGUAAAUAUUUUCACAUAUAUAAUUAUAGCAAUUACCUGUUACUGUAGCGUAUGCUACACAACACCUGUUUUAUCACUUCUCAUUAAUAUCUUUACAUAGCUUUUUAAACAGAUGUAAACCAUGCAUUUAAACCUAGGUUAUCUGUGGCUGAUACAGAAAAAA